AUGCGUCUGGCGCUGAAGUUGGAAGAUGUUGCUUCUGUGGGACCAGAUCACAUUAAAACGUUUACUGUAAGGGUAGUCGUGGAUGGCAAGGCCUAUCCCGAAGGUGUGGGGAAGAACAAGAAAGAAGCCAGACAAAUGGCUGCUAAGUAUGCCCUGGAAGGUGUAUUCAAUGACCUGGCAUCGGAAUCAACAGAGACAGCCUCUCUCAAACCACCGCCUUCACCAAUGCAAUCAACAGGUAUCCCCCAGGCUAAUUACAUGUGCUGGUUGAAUCAAUAUGGACAGAGAAACAAUGUCUUCAUCAAAGCAGUGGAGUCCACUAAACUAGAACCAUCUAAUUCACCUCAAUGCUGUAAAUUUGUGGUAGGAGAUAAGGAGUACCCAGAAGCUUACGGAACAACAAAAAAACAAGCCAGAGAAGAGGCAGCUAAGCUUGUUCACAGUGAAAUAGUUGGCAGCGAAUCUUCUCAAGCUGAUGAUAGCGCUCUCAAUCAGGCGAACAAUCAAAGCAAAAUCAAUGAAAGCAUUUCCAGACUCACUAUCACCACUGAAGACGAGGGGUUUGCUGAUACUAAUUUCAUCGGGAUUCUCAACCACUACUGCCAGAAGAAAAGUAUCUACCACGAUUAUAAGUUGGAGAAUCGAUGUGGUCCUGCCCAUAACCCUCAAUUUUUUUACAGGGUCAUCAUUGAUGGAAAGGAGUAUCCUGUGGCUGAAGGAAAGAGCAGUAAAGAAGCAAAGCAGAAAGCAGCUCAAUUGGCCUGGUCCAGUCUGCAGGAGCAGUCAGACUGGGACAGCAAGGUCUCUGUUCGAUCCUCUGAAGACUUGACUCCUCAUGUUUCAAAUGUUGCUGAUGAAAAUGCCAACCCAAAUAAAGGAGCAGUUCCUGAUGUUAGCCCUCCCAUAAAGCAGGUUGUGAGUCCUGAUGUGAAGCCCAAAAUAAAGCUAGCAGCAAGUUUUCACAAUCCUCGUAGAAAUCAAAGUCUAGAGGUUUCAAGGCCAGAUUUAGCUGUAAAGAAAGACAUUACACCAGUUGAGGGAACACCACAACAACCAGGAAACUCAAGAUUUUCGUCAGAUUAUGACUGCAUUGAGACUAUUGGCAGUGGAGCCUUUGGACUGGUUUUCAAAGCAAGACAAAAACUGCUUGAGAAAUAUUUUGCCGUAAAGAUCAUUCGCUGCAAAGUGAAAGCUCUGAGAGAAGUCAAGGCUUUGUCGGAUCUGAACCACGUGAAUAUCGUGAGGUACUACACUUGUUGGAUGGAGGACACAACGUACCAGGACUUCUCCACUGACAGCGGCAGCUCCACUCAAUCCACCGGAGACCCUCCUGAAAAGUUCCUUUACAUUGAGAUGGAAUUAUGUGACACUAAAACCCUUCGAGUCUGGAUCGAUGAGAAAAACACUCAAAAUGUGAAGAAAUCCCGUCGUGACAUACGGAGACGAGAGGAGAGCCUGAAGAUCGCUCAGCAGCUGAUCUCUGGAGUGGAGUACAUUCACUCUCAGACGCUGAUCCACAGAGACCUGAAGCCGGCGAACAUCUUGUUUGGCCGCGAUGAAAAGGUGAAGAUUGGAGACUUUGGCCUGGUCACUGCGGAGAACGAUGAUGAAGCAAAUGUAAUCGAACGAACAGUUUACAAAGGCACCCCAUCAUAUAUGGCCCCUGAGCAAAGAAACAGGAAAACCUAUGAUCGCAAAGUGGAUAUUUUUGCUUUGGGACUGAUUUAUUUCGAACUCCUUUGGAACAUAGAAACAGGACACGAACGAGCACAAAUUUGGUCUGAACUCAGGGUCCAGACACUUCCUGAGCGUUUCAGUCACUAUUUUAAAAAAGAGGGACAGAUAAUAAAGUCCAUGCUGUCGGAGCAGCCGCAGGAUCGACCUGAAGCUGCAGGAGUGAAGGCUGAGCUGGAGGAAUGUGCCCUUUCCGCCACAGUGAAAGUGUAUCCAACGGAGCCUACGUUUAACGCUUUAAAUAAGUCUCACCACAGCUGUGAGAUGGAUGGAAGUCAGUACGUGAGUAAACUCAAUGAGAUAAGUCAGAAAAGGAACAUGAACCCUCCAGAGUACAAGGACCUCGGAUCCAGCGGACCUGAUCAUAUGAAAAUCUUCAAGCAGCAAGUAUUUUUCAAUGGUAAACUAUAUCCUGUGGCUGAAGGAAACACAAAAAAAAGAGCCAAACAUAAUGCAGCUAAAAAUGCAUAUGAAGUCUUGAGGAGAGAACAGCAGGAACCAGCAGCUGCUGCCUCUACGUCUGCAGAGCUUUUAGACCAAGAUCUGAAUCAUGUAUCAAAUGGAACGGGGGAUUUCAACAAACUUUGUGAGAAAAGAAGUGAACUCAAUGCAAGCCUUCCAAAAAGCACCACACACAUCACAGACUAUAUGUCAAAAGUUAACUUGUACUGUCAGAAAACAAGGCGCGAAUGGAGCCUCAUUGAAGAGACCCCCGGCGCCCAGUCUCAAAUGCCAUUUGCUUUUAGAAUGAAGAUUGAUCAAGUGUAUUAUCCAAUGGGAACAGGGAGGAACAAACCAGAGGCUAAACAAAAGGCUGCUCAGAUGGCCUGGUCUGCCCUACAGCCACAGAUGAAUGCGCACAGUGAGGCGUCAGUGAGAUCAACCGAAUCUUGGGAUGAUCAAUCCAGAAAAACCUCAACGUCAUCUACUGCAUCAAACUGCCAGGAGUUAUCUGAUGACGUCGCACAGCCAAACAGUGGAAGCAGCUGGAUAAAAUUUGAAGACUCUUCCUCUGUACCACACUGCUCCAGUGCUCAGAGUACCUUCAUGGAAAAAAGUACAAAGAAUGAAGUAACUACAAAGACAUCAAGGUUUACUUCGGAGUAUGAUAAUAUUGAGCCUCUAAAAAAUGGAUCAUAUGGUCAGGUUUAUAAAGCAAGAAAAAUUGAAAUGGAAACAUAUUGUGCAAUCAAAGAAAUAAAGAUAUCUAACAAACUGCCUGAAGAGAAAGAGAAAUCCCUUCUGGAGGUGAAAGCCCUUUACACCUUGCUCCAUGAGAAUAUAGUGAGAUAUUACACGUCUUGGUUUCAGGACACAGGAUACAGUUGUCAAGUGGUGAAGCCAAAUGUACAAUAUCUCUUCAUUGAAAUGGAAUUGUGUGAUGUUGGAACGCUCAGGAGCUGGAUACAUAAUAAAAACACCCACCCUAAGGAAAGCUCACGGCAGCAGGAGAGUCUGAAGUUCGCUGGACAGAUUUUAAAUGCUGUUGAGUAUAUUCACAACAAGAACUUCAUCCACAGAGACCUUAAGCCGGAAAAUAUCUUGUUUGGUGGUGAUGGAAAAGUGAGGAUUGGGGAUUUUGGAUUGGUCACUAGCGACAGCACUGACGGUGAGGUAGUGGAGAGGACAGAGGCUAGAGGAACAAAUAGCUACAUGGCCCCUGAACAAUUUGGUACAAAAUAUGACCGCAAAGUGGACAUUUUUGCAUUGGGAUUGAUCUUUUUUGAGCUCUUCUUGAGAAUAUCCACUUAUCAUGAACUUCGGGAGAUCUGGAAGGAUGUCAGGAAUCAGGUCUUUCCAAAAGAUUUUACAGAGAUUUAUGCAGUGGAGAGCCGCAUUAUUAAAACUAUGCUGAGUAAGAAGCCUGAAGACAGACCUGAAGCCAGCGCACUCAAAUCUGAAUUAGAGAAAUGGACUCAAAAGGAAGAAAUCCAAUUAAGAACCAUCUAA